GGACUGUGGGAGGGUAAUUAGGUAUGCAAAUACAAGUGCUCCAUUCAUGAUUAGCCUAAAAGUCGCCCCCCCUCCCCUCCUCCGCUCUAGGUGAAUACCAAGCCCGGAUCCCCAGGAAAUCUCUCCUCCAGCGCCCCAUGCUCCAGAGAUAAGACGCCUGCGCUGGGCUGGCGAGCGGCGGCGGUAUGGACGCCUUCUACGACCAGCAAGUGCCUUACGUGGUCACCAGUAGUCAGCGUGGGAGAAAUUGUAACGAGAAACCAACCAAUGUCAGGAAAAGGAAAUUCAUUAACAGAGAUCUGGCUCAUGAUUCGGAAGAACUCUUUCAAGAUCUCAGUCAGUUACAGGAAACGUGGCUUGCAGAAGCUCAGGUCCCUGACAAUGACGAGCAGUUUGUGCCAGACUACCAUGCUGAAAGUUUGGCUUUUCAUGGCCUCCCACUGAAAAUCAAGAAGGAACCUCACAGUCCGUGUUCAGAACUCGGCUCUGCCUGCAGUCAAGAACAGCCCUUCAAAUUUAGCUAUGGAGAAAAGUGCCUGUAUAAUAUCAGUGCCUAUGAUCAGAAGCCACAAGUGGGAAUGAGGCCCUCCAAUCCCCCGACGCCCUGCAGCACGCCCGUGUCCCCACUGCACCAUGCCUCCCCCAGCGCAGCUCACACUCCGAAGCCUGACCGAGCCUUUCCGGCGCACCUCCCUCCGUCACAGCCCGUGCCAGAGAGCAGCUACCCCAUGGACCACAGAUUUCGCCGGCAGCUUUCCGAGCCCUGUAAUUCCUUUCCUCCGUUGCCCACCAUGCCGCGGGAAGGACGUCCCAUGUACCAACGGCAGAUGUCUGAGCCAAACAUCCCCUUCCCACCACAAGGCUUUAAGCAGGAGUUCCACGACCCCGUGUAUGAACACAACGGCCUGGUUGGCGGUGCGGCCAGCCAGAGCUUCCCGCCUCCCCUGAUGAUCAAACAGGAGCCCAGAGAUUUCGCCUACGACUCAGAAGUGCCUAGCUGCCACUCCGUCUACAUGAGGCAAGAAGGCUUCCUGGCACAUCCCAGCAGAACAGAAGGCUGCAUGUUCGAAAAGGGCCCCCGGCAGUUUUACGAUGACACCUGCGUGGUUCCAGAGAAAUUCGACGGGGACAUCAAACAAGAGCCAGGGAUGUACCGCGAGGGUCCCACCUACCAGCGACGGGGCUCCCUUCAACUCUGGCAGUUUUUGGUAGCUCUUCUGGACGACCCUUCGAAUUCUCAUUUCAUUGCCUGGACCGGUCGGGGCAUGGAAUUUAAACUGAUCGAACCUGAGGAGGUGGCUCGGCGUUGGGGCAUUCAGAAAAACAGGCCAGCGAUGAACUACGAUAAACUUAGCCGUUCACUCCGCUACUACUACGAGAAGGGCAUCAUGCAGAAGGUGGCCGGAGAGAGAUACGUCUACAAAUUCGUGUGUGACCCGGAAGCCCUGUUCUCCAUGGCAUUUCCAGACAAUCAGCGCCCGCUGCUCAAGACAGACCUGGAGCGCCACGUCAACGAGGAGGACACGGUGCCCCUGUCCCACUUCGACGAGAGCAUGGCUUACAUGCCGGAAGGGGGCUGUUGCAAUCCCCACCCCUACAACGAAGGCUACGUGUACUGACCCCAGGGACACUCAGCAGGCUGGCUCCUCUCUCUGCGGGAUGCAGAGAAUUGCUGAAUGCUCUUUGUUUUAUUUUUGUUGUUUGUAUUUUAUUUUUCAAUAAUAAUACAUGAAAAGGGGCUUUUCCUGUUGCAUUAUUCUGUGGUUUGCCAUGGACUGCGCACUUUAUUUGAGGGCGGGUGGGAGGAAUCUAACCUUUCUUCUGUGUAGCAGGAAGACAGUGGGUGAACGGGUGAAGGGGUGCAGGGAUUACUUUAUACUUCGGCUUGGGAUGGGGUCCUACAAGUUUUAAGUAUGCUGAAACUAUCAUGUCCGAUUUCCUAACAACUUGAGAUAAUGUUCAUUUCCUCCAGGUAGCUACGAUACAGUUAAUUCCACCUUGUGUAAAUAUCCACUUGGGAAUUAUUUGCUUGGGCAUUUUUCCCUCCAUCAUUGCCAAGUCUCAGCAGGUGUACAAAAAAAAAUCAGAGAAAAACAUGUGGCAGUUCAAUUGUUAGAAAUGACUGUUUUUGCACCUCUUGUACAAACGUCCGAGCAGUCGCAUUUGCUGGUUUUUGUUGUGCUCUGUGUUGGGGAUGAUUCACGUAGGAUAGCCAUCAGGCGGGUCAUCCUCUCCUAGGUGGAGUGAUCUCCAGGACCGUACACAAGGGGCACAAUUUUGGACUCUGGCUCCCAACUGAGUCACAGGCCAGUAGCAUUACACGUCUCGAGUGCCACCUUGCCAUUUAGAUGCCAAUCAUACCUGUGUUUUAGACUUCAGCGUCCGUUUCAGUUCGAUAAUGACGUGUCAUGAUCUUUUGAAAUUUUCAGUUCAAUGUAAAAUCUGGAUUACAACGAAGCAAACAAGAAGAUCCAUCUCCUCUCACUUCCUUCAGUAGAUACACACAUUAUUUAAUCAGUAAGAAUUAACUGUACUAAGUCACGUAUUACGCUGUUCUCCUUACAGCAAGCACUCUUUAAGCAAAAUAUCCAAUACACUAAAUAGGUACUAUAGUAAUUUUUAGACAUGGUACCCAUUGAUAUGCAUUUAAACCUUUAACUGCUGUGUUAUGUUGGUAACAUGUAUAAAUAUUAGAUAACGCUACUGCUUCUGCUGCUGUCUUUUCUGUAAUAUUCUCUUUCCUGCUGGAUUUACUAUGACCAUUUAUAAGCAAUGCAGUUAACUACAGAUAGCAUUUCAGGACAAAAUAGAUGACUCAAACCAUUUAUUGCUUAAAAAAAUAGCUUAUGCCAUGCUAUGCUAUAAGCAGCUUUUAUGCACAUUGACAAAUAAAGAGUAAGCCUCAGCUUGCUAAGGGAAACUGUGGAAACUUGUAACUUUGGCUGAAAAGGAAAUUUAUUGACAGCCAUCCAAGGAAGUUGCUGUGUGACAUAGUGCUGGCAAUGACAGUCCCCAUCUUCUUGUUUUGGACACUCCUGUAAAUGUGGUUUGGGUUGUUCGAAAAAAGAUUUAAAGUUCAAAGUCUUCUCUUUUGUCGUAUUGUUUUACAUCUGAAAAAAAUCUAGAAAGCAGGGCAUGUUGUUGCAUUCACUGAAUAAAACAAGUAAGUGGUGUUGCAGUCCCCUUGAAUUAGCUUACUAGAAUGUUCAAGCAAGGAACAUAGUGAGUUUUGUUCAAUAAAUGACUUUUUUCGAAUCGUCUAUAGCAAAAUGUUAAAGAAAAGAUCUUGCAAAAGGGCUUGUUGAAUGGCACUCCUGCAGCCCACUCCUUAACACUUACACCAAUCACAUCUCUACUGGGAGGCUCACCUGCCCAAAUUGAUGUCAUUCACCUUAAACCCUUCCAAAAUGAUGUCUAAUUUCAAAGUAUUUAAAUAACUUGAAAUUUCUGAUCGUACUAUCGGCACAUCAUUUGCCAUUGGGUCUUGUGUGUGCUAAGACGUAUGCCUUAAAAAUUGGGACUUUCUUCCCCAUAUGCUCAUGCGACCAUUUACAGCACUUAGAAUAAAAACAGACUUUUAAAUUAUUCAGUGAAAGUUUUAUUGGAAAGGAAAUUGAAAUCUAUGAUUGAGAUAUUUGGUGAAAUUGAAAGAGAAAGUUUAACUAAGUCUUUAAAAUAUGUUCUAAAUGAAGAUCAUUUUGAGGAUUCUGUUUUUUUUUCACUCUUGUGCUUUGUUCCUUUUUCCUCUUUCGAAUAUUCUAGUUAGAAGAAACUGAGCUUUAGGUUAUCUUAAGAUAUCGAAGGAAGAA